CCACCUCUGCCUCCAACCACCUUCAUUCUACCAGCAGGAGGAAUGGCACUUCCUGUGACCCAACUCCUGUUCCUCCAGCUUGUUCUAGCACCAACUUGGGUUGAAAACAUCGAGCUCCAGGUGGCCAUUGAGAACUUCCGCACCUUACACAUCGACUAUCCCAGGGCUAACUACGCAAAAGGCUUCCGCGGCUACUGUAACGGUCUGAUGGCCUACGUGCGGGGCAGGCAACAGACCUGGCACUGCCCAAAGGUCCACUAUGUGCUACAUGCCCCUUGGAAAGCCAUCGGGAAGCUCUGCAAGUACAGCGAGAGCUUCUGUGAGAAUUACAAUGAAUACUGCACUCUCACCCAAGACUCCUUCCCCCUCACCAUCUGCAAACUAAACAAGGGAGACACGCCCACCAGCUGCCACUACAACGGCACUCUGACCAACCAGAGGCUCUAUCUGCUCUGCUCCCAGCAGUACGAUGCUGAGCCGAUGGAUAUCAUUGGCCUCUACUAGGCAAGGGAGGCUUUUGGUCUGAA